ACCCAGUCUCUAUCUGAUCUCAAAUCUUGCACCUGCUGUAGUGUAAAAGUAUUGAAAUAUAGUGGAGCGAUGUUUGUAACGUAAACUGCGUAAACGCACAAUGUUGAUACACUACUACUUGGUAGAGUAAUUUUGCUAUAUAAGGGCUAAGAGGCACCGCUACCGGGCGGUGCUUUUUGAAAAUGCAAGGUUUAAAUAUGAUGCUCUUGCCGACAUUAAUGUUGUUUGGAAUGGUAACGUGUGCAUUUCGAAAUUUUGAAUCUCUCAAAACACCUAUGAAUAUCGGUGUAAUAUUACCACCGAACACUGUAACUGAAAUAGCAUUUGCAUCUGCUCUUGCGCGAGCAUCGAUGGAAAGUGAGCAUUAUAAUUUUGCCAUGAAAAUUGUGUAUGCUCCUUAUGGAGACAGCUUUGCAGCAUCUAGAGCUGCGUGCGAAUUGCUGGCAAACGGUGUUAUAGCAAUUUAUGGACCUACCGAUAUUGUUUCAACUUCGGCAGUUGAAGCUCGAUGUCGGGCUGCAAGAGUACCUCAUAUUCAAGCGGUGUGGCGACCACCUCAAGUUCGAGGACUAGAGCGCCCGACUCCCCCCAGUAUAAACUUGUAUCCGGAAGCAAUUGCUCUGUCCAAGGCCGUUGCCUUGUUUAUUAAGGAUAGUGACUGGAACAGAUACACGCUGCUCUACGAUGACGAUCAUGGACUCAUAAGGUUACAAGAGAUCUUAAAACACGCUGAUCCAAGCCACAGGUGGGUCGCGCGUCGGUUGAAGCCGGGUGAAGACAAUCGGCAAUUGUUGAAGGCUUUAAAGGCCUAUGGUGAAUCCCGAAUAAUCAUUGAUUGCCCAUCCGAUAGAGUCCUGGAUUAUUUGCGACAAGCUAACGAAGUGAAAUUCUUUGAGGAUUAUAUGAGUUACGUUCUCAUAUCCCUGGACGCGCAUACUUUGGAUCUGCAAGAGCUGAGAUCGGGAUUAUCCAAUGUCACAUGUUUAAGGAUAUUUGAUCAUUCCGAUUCAAGGACAAGAUCUUAUCUCGCUGAUUGGAAAGCGAGGACAUCACCUGAUAUAAAAAUUCCUAGUCAAACACACGAAAUAACGGUAGAGGCAGCUCUUGCAAGUGAUGCAGCAAGAUUAAUUACAGAUGCAGUGGAAAGUGCACCAGAUGAAUUCAAAAUAGAGGCCCAGUCGAUUGAAUGUGGGUCAGAUGCUCAAUGGGAGAUUGGAGAAGAAUUUAAUAACCAUUUGCUCACGAAUCCAAUAACUGGUAUAACCGGACAGAUAAAAGUCGAUAAUACAACCGGAGAAAGAACAAAUUUCAAUGUUGAAGUAAUGGAACUUUCUAACAGUGGUUUUAAUAUAAUUGCUCAAUGGAAUGCAGAAGAGGGUUUCAAAUAUGCUCGCACCCCUAGUGAAGUAUCGGAUCUUUUAGCGGAAAAAUGGCAAAACAAAACAUUUAGAGUUGUUUCUCGCAUAGGAGCUCCGUAUCUUGUUGAAAAAAAGCCUAAAGAGGGUGAAGUGUUAGUUGGUAAUGAUCGUUAUGAGGGUUACUCAAAGGAUCUUAUACACGAAAUUUUAAAAGAAACACUGCACCUCAAUUACGAGUUCGAAAUUGUGCCAGGAAAUCGUUACGGGUCUUAUGAUAAAGAAACAAGGAAAUGGGAUGGUCUGAUAGGUUAUCUUGUAGAAAGGAGAGCCGACUUAGCACUUUGUGAUUUGACCAUAACCUACGAACGGAGAGCUGCAGUAGACUUCACGACUCCGUUUAUGACGCUGGGAAUCAGUAUUCUUUAUUCAAAACCAACACCACCGGAAACAGAACUUUUUUCAUUCCUGAAACCAUUUUCGGUUGACGUUUGGAUUUACAUGGCAGCAGCUUAUUUGAUGGUUUCACUUUUCUUACACAUUUUAGCUAGAUUAGCGCCGAAUGAUUGGGAGAAUCCUCAUCCUUGUGACAAAUCUCCAGAAGAACUUGAAAAUAUAUGGCAUAUCAAAAACUGUUGUUGGUUGACUAUGGGAUCAAUCAUGACACAAGGAUCUGAUAUUUUGCCAAAGGGCUAUUCUACGAGAUGGGUAUGUGGAAUGUGGUGGUUCUUUGCACUUAUAAUGUGUUCGUCCUACACUGCCAAUCUAGCAGCUUUUCUUACCAAUGCUGCUAUGGAUGACUCGAUUAAAAGCGUAGAAGAUUUAGCUGCUCAGACCAAAAUUAAGUAUGGAACGGUGGAAGGAGGUUCUACAUCUUCGUUUUUUAGGCGUUCAAAUGUUUCUACUUAUCAAAAAAUGUGGGCAGCUAUGGAGUCUGCCAGGCCAUCAGUAUUUGUUAAAAAUAAUGAUGAGGGUGUUGAAAGAGUAUUAAAAAGCAAAAGAUCCUAUGCAUAUCUGAUGGAGUCUGCCGCAAUCGAAUAUCAACUGGAAAGAAAUUGCGAGUUAAUGCAAGUCGGUGGCCUACUUGACUCUAAAGGAUUCGGGAUUGCUAUGCCAUUUUCAUCUUCAUAUCGUACAGCAGUUGACAAUGCAGUAUUGAAGUUAGCUGAAAGUGGGAAACUGGUUGAACUCAAAAAUCGUUGGUGGAAAGUACCGCCAGAAGAAUCGUGUUUUUCAGAAGAAGCUAGUGACGAAGGAGCCAGUGCUGGCGAAUUGGGUGUGGAUAAUGUUGGUGGUGUGUUUGUUGUAUUGGGGAUAGGGUGCGGGAUGGCAGCGGCUAUGGGUGGUCUAGAGUUUCUGUGGCAUGUCAGAGAUGUGGCUGUUGAACAAAAGAUGACACCUUCGGAGGCUUUUUGGGCAGAACUGACGUUCGCUUUAAGUUUUUGGGAAACGGAGAAACCCGUUCACCACGACCGAUCCUCGUCAUCUGCAUCCGGUUCAAAUAUAGCUUCAAGAGCAUCAUCAGUGCUAAGAUCAGCCGUAGAUCUCUUUCAUCUUGACGUAUUUAAUAAAUAGUCAUUGU